AUGCUUACAGGCGGGCAUCUUGCAGCUGGCUUGGUCUCUUGCAGAGCUGCAGUGUUGGCAUGCCCCUCGAAACCGAGAGCAAUUUGCCAACGUGCCAAGAGCAAGGACACCCUUCGCCAAAGCUUUGAUAGCGAGGAUGAGCUGGAUGGUGACUUGGCAAAUGAAUUGCAAACAGUGGCCGACCCACAGCGCCUCAAGAAGCUGGCGCAGCACUUUGAGCUGGCGUGGAAAAUCAACAGGCCCGGGAGGCCUACGACCUGCGACUGCUGCAAGGGGCGCAAGGAGGCGGAGUGCCACUGGUGCCAUGGGACAGGCUACCUCAUGGUGGGCAGCCAAGUGUUUCCAAGCACGCCGACUCACACCAACAACUGCCCGGUCUGCAAAGGAAAGGGCUACCUUCAAUGUGACCGCUGCAGGGGCACUGGCUUCCGAGCCACUUGGCUGCCCUCCGACACGGACCUGCUGCCAUGA